UCCUAGAUGUCGUUCUACACAUUGAUGAUGACAAAGUAGCAUCAAAAAACUUGGAUCAUCCUCGUUUCUCCGGAGCACUAGCUUCUACGUCCACCACCGCCCAAAUCCAUCGGGCUUUUCGACCCAUCUAUUGCUUCACUGCUAAGGAUGGCGGCAAAGAAGGAGGAGGAAGCUAUUGUGUCUCUGGUUGAUGUGCUGGAGGAGGACGAAGAGUUGGAAAACGAGGCGUCUGCUGUACUCGCUGGUAGUGACCCAGACCGAUGCUCUUACCCCGAGGGGUAUGUGAAGCGACAGGCUGUCUACGCGUGCAGCACCUGCACGCCAAAGGAUGGUGACUCCGAGCCUGCUGGCAUCUGUCUGGCCUGCUCCUACAAGUGUCACGAAGGCCAUGACCUGUACGAACUCUACACGAAGAGGAAUUUCCGCUGCGACUGUGGGAACUCAAAGUUUGGAGAAAUGGAAUGCAAGCUAUUUCCAGAUAAAGCUCACCUGAAUACAGAGAACCUGUACAGCCACAACUUCUUCGGGCUCUACUGCACAUGCAACCGUCCAUACCCAGAUGUUGAUGACCAGGUUCAGGAUGAGAUGAUUCAGUGUGUGGUGUGUGAGGACUGGCUUCAUGGGCGGCACCUGGGCUGUGCAGUGCCAGACGCCGUGGAGCUGCAGGAGAUGGUCUGUGAAGCCUGCAUGAAGAAAGCCCCCUUCCUCUGGACCUACGCCGCACACAUAGCCGUACCCCCAGUAGCCAAAGAAGAAGUGUGGAAACAGGAGGAAGAGGUGAAGAAAGAAGAGGAGGUGAAAACGGAGGAAGAGUUGAAGCAGGAAGGCGAGGUGAAGAAAGAAGGCGAGGUGAAGAAAGAGGGAGAGAAGAAGGAGGAGAAGAACACAGAAGAGAAGGCCUCAGGAAGCUCAGGAGAGACGGCACAGGUGAACGGAGCGUCUGGCUGCAAGAGGAAGCACAGUGAGGUGGAGGCGGAGGUGGACGUGGUAGGCGAGAGCUCCAGGGAGGGGCCUGCAGCGCGGUGCAGCCUGCAGGAGCUGAAGCUGAGGAGGGAGGCCCGCCGGGAGGAGGUGGGCGCCGUCUUCUGGCCCACCGGCUGGAGGUCUCGCCUCUGCUCCUGCGACAGCUGCAAGAGGAUGUUUGCAGGUGCGGCGGUGCUGUUCCUGCUGGAUGAGGGGGACACAGUGCUGGCGUACGAGACCAAAGGCAAGAGCACGGAGGAGGCGGGCGGCUCUGGGGGAGAGGAGCUGCUCAUGUCCGCCUUCAACAACCUCAACCGCGUCCAGCAGCUGGAGAUAGUCUACGAAUAUAACGACCUGAAGGCAGAGCUGAGAGACUAUCUGCAGAGGUUUGCAGCAGAAGGAAAGGUGGUGACCCCCGAGGACAUCCGGCAGUUUUUCGAGGAGCAGCACAGUCGCAAGAGACGGCGGGCCAACCCGGGCCAGUAUUACUGUAGCUGAACCAACCAGACCAGCCACCCACUACUCGACCCCCACCACCCACCCACCACCUCCCCUACCAUGAAUGUUUAUCCCACCUCUCCCUGCUGGAGCCAGUAGGCUAACUUGCCCAUGUGCUACUUCCAUCUCAUCCCCUCUGCAACCCACCCACCCGGCUGGUCCACCACUACCCUUCUACCCAAAACGUCUUUACUUCCCUAGAGAAGAAAAAAAUGUUUUUUGAAUUAAAGUUAUGUCAGCUAGAAGCUAUGAAAGAG